UCGACAGAGCUGAGAUCAAGGUCCCAUAUAGCAACUCACUACCGUAAAUAAAUGGAUAACUGUUAAUUAACAGUUUUAUUUUUUUACAGUGCAUUUGCUAGUGUUGUGUUAUAUUAUCAUGCACAGUUUGACGCAUUCAAUUUAAAAAGGCUUUUUCUCCUCAGCAGCCUGUCCUGUGGGACCUCAUUCAGAGGGAGGGAAACUCUUCCGCGUUAAGAUUUUUAAUGCAGGAGUAUCUACAAAUGCCCAGAGAGAGCAUUCGCAGUGUGGUUCUGUCCGCAGAGAAAGAUGCUGUGAAAAGAUUUCUGUCCCAUGUUCAUCAGAGCUGGGAUCAACUUCACGUGGAAACUAUACAGGCCUCUCCAAAGGAACAAGAGGCCAUGGAAAGUAUGACCGCUGCUUUCAUCCACAAGUUUCCCCGAGUCACACCUGAGCUUUUCAUCGACCUCUCCCAGUUUAUACCAUACAUGUCCGUCUCUGACAUCAUGACCUUCCCCGCCUCUCUCAUGGUCAAUGAAAGUGUACUGCUGGCCAUAAGCGAUCACAGCUCUGAGAUGAAGUCUCUACAAAAGCAAGCCUUCGUAAAACGCCUGCUGCAGUCCAGUGUUGCUGGAGAAGUCCCUUCGUGGCCUCCAUAUUUCCUCAGCUCCAUUCAACCUCUUCUUCCACAUCUCCCAGUCAGUCACUUUCAGCAACUCACAUCACAGCAGCUCAUGCCGUUAAUGGAGAUGUUGGGGAACAGCAGUCUGGAUGCCACAAGGGGGCGCCAUGUACUUCGUACCGUCUUCGGCAGGGGAAAGAACCUGACUAGCGACAACAUAAUGAGGGAUUUAGGUCGUAUUGCUGGUGGGAUGAGCUGUGAAUGGCUGAUGCUGUGGGUAAAUGACUCGGGCUUCAUUGAAUUAUUGCAGUUCAUCACUGCGUUACCAGGAGGACUUAGACCUGGUUUGAGGAAAUGCAUUGUGUUGGAGUUACAGCAACAGCCUGAUAUUGAUCUGAACGACUUGGACCCCUCAUUUGCUGCAAGCUUACCGUUGACCAUGAUGGAGCACCUGUCUAACUCCUCACUCAUAGGCGUACUGGAGCAUGUUCGACAACACUUCAUUGACUUCCUGCAGCUUCCACGACACAAACAAACGGCUCUGGCAGAGAAAGCUAUUGACGUACUCGGCAUCUCUGAUGAUGGCCUCACCGGAGUCUCCUUGGACAUCCUCGGCCCUCUUCUGCCCUUUCUGGACAGGGAUGUGUUAGAUGACAUCGACAGAGAUGCUCUGAAACUGCGACUGGAGGAGCUCAAACAAUAUUGCCUGCCCUCUGACACCUUCCGACAAAUAUCAGCUUUGCUUACAGAGAAGAGCAUGCUGGGAGAACCAAAAACAUGGACGGUUGGAGAUGUCGAGCAUGUGGGAAGACUUCUGUUCACACUUUCACCUCAGCAGAUCAGAUCAUUACCACUGGGUGAUUUAGGUAAAGACACGGUUGAGCAGGUUCUGAUGAGCCAGUGGAUUUGGAAAAACAGCGAACUGGGAGAAGCUUGCUGGGACUUAAAGGGAUUACGAGAAAAGAUGAACGUCCUCAUCCACAGGAUCAUUAAAGGUCGAUGGUGGAUGAGACGCGGGCCCAUCCCAAGCUGUGCAGACAUUAAAGGGACAUUUCCCUCGGCCUGGAGGUCCUAUCAGCUAAAACGAAUGAAGAGGAGAGAGCUGAAGACUUGUGUUGAGUUCAUCGGCCAGGAUGACACACUUGACGACGAGCAACGUGAAGCACUUUGGAUGGAACUCAGACCAGUGUAUAAACCAGUGAAGCAGCUUAAACCAGAACAGGUGUUGGAACUGGGUUGUAUAGUGACUGAAAUGGGCGAAAGAGAGCUACAAGCUGUCAAUCUGUCCAGUUUGGGUGUAGUAGCCCAUCUUGGGGACCUCAAUGGGUGGAACGCUAAGAAAAUGAGAGCAGUUGUUCUUGGCAUAAUGAAGAGACUUAAAUGGAAACCUGAAGAACUUGGUGUUGUGGAGCUCGUCUCUCUUGGAUAUUUGCUUUGUGGUUUCACUCCUUCGGAAAUAUCCAGACUUGACCCGUUCAACCUGAGUGUUGCUGCUUUGUUUCUGGGGGAGAUUGUACUGCCGUGUUCUGAGCAGCAGACCGAGGCGCUGACGUCACGAAUAUCCAAUCCUCUGGGCUUUGGUCCAGUCAGCAACUGGGGCUCCGAGGUCUUCACCGAGAUUGGGACUUUGGCAGCCGGGCUGGAGGACAUGGUAUUGUCUGCACUUAUAAAAGAGCAAGUGGAAGGACUGACGCCAGCAGCAAUAUCCCUGAUACCACCACGAAAAUUGGCUGUGGUAUUCAGUGCCACACAGCUGUCCUGGCUGAGCUCUGAACAGGCGUGUGCCGUGACAGAGGAGCAGUGGGCAGAAUUAGACAGCGAACAAAGACAAGCACUUGACAUGGCUCAGUUUGAAGGAGAAUUCAUGCUUGGACACAGAGGCAGGAGCCAGGCGGCAUCGUUACGGUUUACAGGCUGCUUCACAAAAUGUUUAUUAUUUCUUGUCUGUACAUUGUUGAUUCUCUUUUAACAAUUAAAACUAAGGAUAUU